AUUAUCAAUUGAUGUUUUUUGAAUUUUAAUAAAGAUGGUUUAUUUAUUAAUUACUAUUUGAACGGUUUUAUAAAUGCAAUAAAAGGAAAUUAUAGAAUGCAAAAUUUUAACAGGGUCAAAAUGCCAGAUUAUAAUUCCGAAAGAGCAACCAGUAACAGGAACCCUUACAAAACAGUUAAAAAAUCAAAAACUUCCAGGCGACCCAAUUCUAAAACCGAAAAUUUUCAAAGUUGUAACGAGCCAAUAUCGGAAUUUUCUCCUUUUCAAUGGAACCAACCCAGUCAACGAUUGUAUCCAACAAUGUCGGAUUCGGCUGUAUGUGGAUAUCCUAUACCUAUUAAUAUACCCAUUGACCCUCGGUAUCAUGCAUUAUAUCCUAUGUACCAGCCUUGUGUUCCGAUUGGAUUUGGAAGAGAUUACAUUGAACCUGAUUCACAAACGAGGACAAGGGAUCAAUUUACUAGUUUGCCACCAAUUAACGUUAUAGACAAUGAUUCCGAGAUAAAACGCACACAUAGUGAUCCCGGUUUGAACAAUUCAGAUGAUAAAUUCGAAUUGAUGAGUAGUGAAUCUGACCAAGAAUCGAUUGAAACAUGUUAUGCUAAUGAAAUGGCCGAAUUAAAAAAAGAUAACCAAAGACUUUCUAACGAACUGGAACUGAUUAAAAUUGAACUACAAAAUUUAAAAUUAGAAAUCUCUAGUAAAAAUACCGACAUAUGCGCAUGUGCUGAUGCCGGAUCCUUUACAACUAUUAUUCAAGAAAUAAGAGCAGCACAUAAACUAAUGGAAGAAACUCUAGAAUCUAAAUUUAAAUUACUUAUCACAAAUAUAAGUGAUAGUUCAUGUGGUCCAACUCAGAUGUCUACAAUUUAUGAAAGAUUAGCUAAGUUAGAAAACGCUAAUAAAAAAGGGCCCUGUAUGAAACCUUUAAGGACAUUACACACCGACUCGAAUUACAAAUUGCACAUAAACGAUGGCUCACAAAAUGAAAUUACAAAUUCACAAUCUGUUGUUACUGAUUUAUAGCAAUGAAAAAAGAAAGUUAAGUGUUGAGUUAAGUUAAGUUGCAUGCAAGUUUAUAAUCAAAAUGAUAUCUUCUGCUCAAAGAAAAAAAAUGAGUGUCAUUUAAAACGUAAAAACAACAAAUUUUCAUUACAUCUUAAUAAUACUACAGAAAAACAUGAUGUAUGUUAACCACAAUAAACAUACAUUAAAAAAUUGUAAUUAAGAGACUAUAAGAUUAUUUAAAAAUGACUAAAUAAUACAUACAAGCUUUAAGUUUUCAAAGUCUUAAUAAUAUUAAGGCAAUGACCAUUUGUUUUUUUUUCAUACAUUUAUACAUAUUAUAGUUAUUUUAAGAUAAGUUAUACUAAAUAUUCCAAUUAGUUUUUUUAUAAAUAAUUAUUUUAAUAGAGUAACCUAUAAAAAAAUGUAUUUCAAUUCUUAAAAUAUUUUGGACUUG